UAUCUUUAAAUAACAAACGAGUUUCGCUGAUAACAAACCCUCAAUAAGGCAACAUCUGGAGUCGAACAUAUUUAGAAGCAACUGGGAAGGGCGGCAUCUUUCCAGCUACAGAUUUCUAUUCUAAUUUAUUUUUAAUUUAAAUAUUGCUUUUUAAUAAAAAAAGACAGAGAUACCUCAGAUCCAUAGGCCGGCCAAUCACCACCUGUAUAGACUGGCAUAGAACACACAACAUCAUCUGCAUACAUUAAUGUUAAAUCGUAAACAGAGUCAUUAGACUUGAAAAUCCGGAUCCAGAAAUUAUUUUCUUUGAAUAAAUUACCCAGAUACACGCGGCCACAAAGCUGCUGGACUUCUGCAUUUGAUCUGUUUUGGAAAAUAAAAAUAAAAAAUUAAAAAUAAAAAAAAACAAGAAAAGAUCAACAUGCGACUCUUGGCGAAUAGAUUAUUCAUAUCUCAGUUGGGAGGUGUGCUCCGAACCAGAAACAAGUUCACAGCGAACAAAAAUUCAUUUAGUUAUCAAAACACUUUCAACAUGUCCACAACUAAUACCGCUCUUUCUUCUUCCUCCUCCUCGUCUUCUGCUCCAUCUGGUGACGAUCUAAAGCCAAUACUGUAUUCGUAUUGGCGCAGCUCCUGCUCAUGGCGUGUGCGCAUAGCCCUCAACCUCAAGGAGAUUCCAUAUGACAUCAAACCCAUUAGUUUGAUCAAAUCGGGUGGUGAACAGCACUGCAAUGAAUAUCGUGAGGUGAAUCCCAUGGAACAAGUGCCAGCAUUGCAGAUUGAUGGUCACACUUUGAUUGAAUCCCUGGCCAUAAUGCAUUAUUUGGAAGAGACUCGCCCCCAACGUCCCCUACUGCCACAAGAUGUCCAUAAACGUGCCAAAGUCCGUGAAAUCUGUGAAAUUAUCUGCUCCGGCAUCCAGCCAUUGCAGAAUUUGAUUGUUUUAAUCCAUGUCGGCGAGGAGAAGAAAAAGGAAUGGGCCCAACACUGGAUCACCCGUGGUUUCCGUGCCGUCGAAAAAGUUCUCUCCACCUCGGCUGGCAAGUAUUGUGUUGGCGAUGAAAUUUCAAUGGCCGACUGCUGUUUGGUGCCACAGGUUUUCAAUGCUCGCAGAUUCCAUGUUGAUUUGCGUCCCUACCCGAUCAUCUUGCGCAUCGAUCGUGAAUUGGAGAGUAAUCCAGCAUUCCGUGCUGCCCAUCCCUCCAACCAGCCUGACUGCCCACCUGAGUUGCCAAACAAAUAGAAUUUUCCGCAGCCAACUGCAAAGCGACGAAAAACGAAAAAAUAAACAAAUUUGCAGUUAUGAACAAAAAAACAAAGAAAA